UCAUUUCACUAUUGAAUUCUGAGCUAUCAACGAUGUUCAAUUUCAAAGUAAUAAGACCAAUAUCGAUUGGCAAGAGUAUGUUUUACUCUAAUGCUAACAUUACGUCGUUAUCGCAUAGUUUCAAGAGUGGUCUCCGUUCGCCACCAGGAAAUGUGAAUUAUCUUUCAUCCAAUUUAAAGAUUUUAAAGUCUACAAAUAACUUUAAAGUAUUACAUUCAUCGAUGGGUCCUAAUCCAUUCAAAGAGUUUAAAUUCAUUUCAAUUACCAGGAAAACAUUUAUACAGCUGUCAAGAAAUGCUUCCAGGAACAACUCGUGGUCAAAGUAUAAUAAAUACUAUAAUUUAAAGAACUCUCCUUGGGAUAAAUUAAAACUUCCAGCUUUAUUUACAGCUUUGUUUUGCAUCGGUACUGUUGUUGCAACUCCGUAUUUAUUCCAAUAUACACCUUUGUCCUACUUUAGAAAACGACCAGAGGCCUUCAUUACUGCUUUACUUGCAAUUAAUGGUAUUGUCUUUUUAUUAUGGAAAGUUCCAGGUGCUUGGAAAUAUUUGAAUCGUUAUGCUUUAUUACAAAAGGAUGGUAUAUCAAGUAGCUUGUCUAUGUUGGGAUCUGCUUUUUCUCAUCAAAGUUUCAUGCAUUUAUUCAUUAAUAUGUUUGUACUUCAGUCAUUCGGUACUUCUUUAUGUGCAACCUUAGGUACUUCUGUAUUUGCUGUCUUAUAUCUUAAUUCUGCUGUGAUCUCUUCAUUUGUAUCAUUGGCUGUGCCAAUUUUAAUGAGAAGUUCCUUAGCAGUUGGUUCAUUAGGUGCUUCUGGUGCAAUUUUCAGUAUCUUUGGAGCUUUUUCAUUUUUAUUUCCUCAUGCUCCAGUUGCAUUCUUUUUCAUCCCAAUUCCUGGAGGAGCUUGGAUUGCUUUCUUAGGUUCCGUUGCUUGGAAUGCAGCCGGUGUUGUUAUGAGGUGGGGUUCCUAUGAUUACGCAGCUCAUCUUGGAGGUAGUCUUGCAGGAAUAUUAUUUGCAGCCUAUUACAAAAGAAAAGCACAAGAAAGAAGAAGAACUCGUAGUAUUUCUUAUUAAAUACGUAAAUAAAAAGAUAUCAUGUACAUAGUCGGGGAUAGAAAAUAUAUAUAUUAAUCUAAUAAUUAUACAAAG